AAUUCCCUAUAAAGCCAGCACAACCUGCCAGCGACUCACCUUAACUUCAUCUACCUCGGUUUCUACCACGCAUCUGCGAGCGGCAUUUGCUAGAACACUGCCUAAGCUACAAGUAAAAUCACGUUUCACUAUUUGGCGGGCUUUUGCCUGUUGUACACAUAUUGCGUAAAUUCUAAUUCUAAUCGUUGUGCUGUGUGUUCUUGUGUACUGUGUAAACUGUAAAUAGAGUAGUAUUCCAACAUGAGCGACGAAGACGACUUCCAAUCCGGUAGUGAGGAAGAUGCCGACUUUUCUGCCAGUGAAGACGAAUGGCUACCCACAAAAGAGGGCAAGAAAAGGGCCGGCAAAAAAUCCAAGACCGCCGCCCGCAGCUCUGAUGACGAAGAUGAGGAUGAUGAGGAUGGUUCCACCUCCCCCGAGGACAGUGAUGAUCUGGAGGACUUUGCUAACAAUCCCCGGAAAAAGAAAGGAGCAAAGCAAACAGCAUCUAGGAAAAGAUCGGCCGCUAAAGUUACGUCGCCUAAGCCAGCGACGGGUGGUGCGGAAAACAAAAGAAAGCGCCUGACUCCCGGGCUGCGGGACAGGCUCUAUCAGCAGUAUAAAAGAGACUUGCUGAAGGAGAUAGCUCCGGCAAAGGCUCCCCUGAACAGCAGCGUAACGGACAUUUUGGACAAGUGUCAGUACCAGCGCAAACCGAAAUCGGUUGCAGACGACGACGAUUCGGACAGCAGCGGUGACGAUCAUUUGGUUAACCCGGAGAAGCUGGAUCUCGGUGCAAAGUUUUUCAGCAAACGAGAAAACUCGGCCGAACCCUCGGGAAGUGCGGCGGCCGCACCGCCACACUUUGACGUGAAUUCCGGCAUGCGGCUGUCGGACAGCUCGGCGGAAGAAGGUGAGGGAGAUCGGACGAACGGUGAGGAAUCACUGCCAGCCUCGAUCCCGAAGCGGGCUGCUGACCGUUUGAUCAGCCAUCUCAACCAACAAUCGGGUGAAUACAUGAAUUUUACUAAUCUCGACCAGUUCACGGCCAAGGUGGAGGAAGCAAAGCGGUUGCUCAAGAGCUACCAGCAGCGGGAGCAACUACCACCGGCCGGUAACAACGAGUCGACCGAUGCCGCAGCCAGCUCGCCCACCAAGGGACCGCAGGAGAACGUGUCCAGUCUGCUGGCCAUGGGUGAAAAGGAUGGCGAAGGGGGGAGGGUAGAUGUGAAGCAGCGAAACGAGCCCGCCGACAACAGUUCGGACUCGGAAUGGGAAGAGGUACAGACGGGCGAUGGAGCGGCAGUGGAAAGGGAGGAAGAAGCGUCCAAACCGGCCACCGAGCCCGGUGGGUGGCAAGUAACGAUCGAGAUGGAAACGGCGCAAAGCAGAAGGAAGCGCCGAGAAGAGAUAGAAAUGGAACUGUACAUAAAGCGUGAAAUUAAUCGUGUGAAGCGGAAGAAUCAGCUGAACUAUCAUAAAGCUAGCGUGCUGGGUGCGAUCUGCAUUGGACAGCGGUUAAAUCGCAUCAUCGAGACCGGCCCGGUGCGUGGUCUGCUGAUGUCGCUCAUGCAGGGCAAAUGUGCGGCCGAUUCGAAGGUGAAAUGGGACGACAAGAAGAUGCAAAGCUUCGCCGCCUGGUACAAGGAGCAGUUUGAGCUCGGCUCGAAUGAUUUCCUGGUACAGCGUAACGGGCGUAACCUUGGCUUCGUGCUUUCGUUGGCCAUUUACACGCGUAAAGUGGCCUGCCGGCAUGAUUAUGUGCUACUGUUUUUGGCCUGUCUCCGUCUGGCGGGCGUGCAGGCACGCCUCGUCCUAUCCGCCAACGUACCACCCAAAAGACCGGCGUUGAGCGAUCUGUGUCCAAUGUCGGAGCGCCAGAUCAAAGAAAAACUGGAAAAGCGUCAAUCGAACGGGAAUGUUCCCGGCGAAACAUCUGCCGCAACGGUACAAAAGGAAAGCACAAACGUACAGAAAGACAUUCCACCGCUGAAUGUAGCUGAAUGCAAGGAAAGCAACGAACAGCAAUCCCCUCGAUCGCCAUCAGCGACCAAAGAGAAUCCAGCGCCACCGGCGAGACGGUCCCGACGACACGGCAACAACGACGCUGUCACACAAAAGCCUAUCGAGCAAACGAAGGGCCGACUCACCACAAGAAGGAAGGCACUGUCCACACUAAACAUUCCCCAGCUGGAUGGUGGUGACGACCGGAUCGUCCCGUCCGCCGAAAACAAUAAUCCCCCCGCCGUGACACGUGCUUUACGCUCACGAUCGGUCUCCACGGUCCCGGCACAAUCGCCCGUCGGAUCGUCACCGUUCGCCAGACGGCAGUCCAACACACCGACCGUGGGCAAAGAAGCUGUGUCGGUUGUCGCGAAACCGCCACGCACUGCCACACGCAAGCGAAAACUGUUUGCAGCACAGCCGGAAGUAAAGCGGGACUCACCACCGCCAGCAACGCGCACAUCGGCCCGGAAGAAGGCACCGACUCCAAAGGAAGUGAGUGAACCGAAAGUUAAGCGAAGGACGACGGUCCGUUCAGCUACCGCAUCGGGCGACGAUGGGGAUGAUGCGUUUGAGCUGAAACCCAGACCGAAGAGCAGCAAGUCAUCUGCAGAAAAGGACGCGCAAACGGAAGCAACCAAGUCCAAAGUGCCCAAGAUUUUGCUGGUCGAUGUGGUUAAAUCUCCCGAAGCAGCAGCUAAAAGCCUGUCUCCUCAAGCAGACAGCAAGUCCGCUAGCUCCGAUGUGAAGCCGAAAACGUCCGCCACCGAGAAGCAACCGCGUCGACGAGCAGCAGCCGCAGCAGCGCGUAACAAAAGCUCCCACGCUACCGAUGGGGACGAUUCCGCCGAGGAUAGUGACUUUGAGCUGCCGAAAGAAUCAUCGGCGAAGGUGCCCCGGAAGCGGACUGCCUCUGCGAAGAAAUCGCCCCGGGCAACCAGCUCCAAAGCUAAGGGCGAGCAGGAAAAGCAACGCAAAACGGACCUUUGGAUUGAGUUCUACAGCGACAAGCUGAAACGGUGGCUCACGUUCGAUCUUGCCAGCGAACAGAUCGAUUGUGUGGAUUUGAUUGUGCGCAACGCAUCCAGCCCUAUAUCGUACGUGUUUGCCUGGGACAAUGCCGGACAUCUGAAGGACGUAACUGCCCGGUACGUGAAGAACUGGAACACGGCAUGCCGGAUGCUGCGCGUCGAACAGGCCUGGCUCGAUGUAGCGCUGCGUCCGUUGGCCGCGCCCGGCCAAACUGAAGCCGAUCUGCUGGAAGCGAAGGAACUGAACAAGCUGGACUCGGACAAACCACUGCCGAAAACGAUCAGCGAGCUCAAGAAUCAUCCACUGUACGCGUUGCGCAGACAUCUGCUCAAGUACGAAGCCCUGUACCCAGCCGAACCCCCGACGCUUGGCUUUAUCCGUGGCGAAGCAAUCUAUCCACGGGAGUGCGUGCAUACGCUGCAAACGCGCGAGAAGUGGUACAAACAGGGCCGUGUCGUGCGUGCAUUCGAAACGGCUUACAAGGUGGUCAAAUGCUGGAAGUACGAUCGGCCGAACAACAACUGGCUGAAGGACCAGCCGUGCGACAUCUUCGGGUACUGGCAGACGGACGAGUUCGAUCCACCGACGGCCGAGAAUGGGCUGGUGCCGCGGAACGAGUACGGCAACGUCGAACUGUUCACCGAGAAGAUGCUGCCCAAGGGGACGGUCCAUCUGAAGCUGCCCGGCUUGAACAAGGUGUGCAAAAGGCUCCAGAUCGAUUGUGCACCAGCGUUGACCGGGUUCGAUAUGGCCAAGAUGCGCGUGGUACCCGUGUACGAUGGAUUUGUCGUGUGCAAAGAGUUUGCGGAACAGGCCGUCGAGGAGUGGUACAAGGAGAUGGAGAAGGAGGAGGUUCGCGAGCAGGAAAAGCUGGAGAAGCGUGUGUACGGCAAUUGGAAGCGAUUGAUCAAGGGGUUGCUGGUGCGCCGCAAGCUACAGAACAAGUACAACUUUGAUAAUCUAGCGCUGUAGCGGCAGCCAGCAAGCUCCCAAGCAGCUUAAGGAUUGGGGGAUUAAUUGUACGGUACAACUUUACAACGCGUCACUUCACUCAUGUACCUUUUUUCGUUUAUAGUAUUAUCAAUUUUAUACCUUUUUUUUGAGUUACAUUGCCAUAAAUAUAAAUGUCUAGUUUUUCAUAA